AAUUAAGCUAAAGGGAGAGUGAGUGUACUGUGCAUUGUCAGUUUCAACUUGUUUACGCGCAGAUAUGUAAAGCUCUGGAUGGAAAUGGCAGUUUUGCAGUCAAUCUGAUCGCCUGAUGUAAUAAGCUUUGCUGAUCAUGUCAUUUAUUGCUGCUGUGGAAAUCACGAAGACAACUUCAGUGACAGAAUACCUGACAAGUCUAAAGACCAAAGUCCACUUAAGGUCUUGUAGAAGUGGAUUAUGGCAAAGAAGAAUAGCCACAAGGACACAUCGGGAGUGGUGUUCGACACUCACUCUAAAAUGGUGAUGUCUCAAGGAGGAACGUUUGAGAGGAUGAAGGAAAAGAUUAAUGCAGUGAGAGCGGUGGUUCCCAACAAGAGCAAUAAUGAGAUUGCUCUGGUUCUGCAACACUUUGAGAACUGCGUGGAUCGGGCUGUGCAGGCUUUUGUGGAAGGCAGUGCAGUAGAGAUCCUGAAGGAAUGGAAUGUUACCGGUAAAAAGAAGCCCAAGAAGAAAAAGAAGCCUAAACUUCAGCCUGAAGCUCCAGUAGUACCCGCCCCCUCUGAAUCAGUUCCACCUCCAGAGGCGGAGUGUGCGGCUGCUGUGAACGGGUACCAUGCCAAUGGUUCUGCUGGUGCUGAUGGGGAGUCGCUGGACUCCUUGAGUGAACAGCUAGAUUCUGCCUCUUUGGACGCAGCUGAGCUUGAAUCGGAACCUGCUACGCCCGAGCUCUCAAUCACAGGAGGAGAGGCAGAGUCUCAAAAAAGCUUAACCCCAACUGCUAGUCCAGCCCCGCAAAAAGGCACCAGUAAUGCGAGUCGACAAAAUCACCACAAUUCCCGUGGCGGCAGGUCCCGGCCCAGACCUUCUACUAGUUCUCAAAAUGCAACUGUGGCCCCUUCCUUUCCGUCUGAUGACAGCCAACAAGGUUCAUCUGCAGGCAGAAAGAUUGCAUCGAACAUUGAUCGCUCCAUGAAAGAUCUACAGCGGUGUACAGCAUCUCUGACACGGUAUAGAGUGGUGGUGAAGGAGGAGAUGGAUUCCUCCAUCAAGAGGAUGAAACAGACCUUUGCUGAACUACAGAGCUGUCUCAUGGACCGGGAGGUGGCUCUAUUGGCUGAGAUGGAUAAAGUCAAAGCAGAAGCAAUGGCCAUCUUGGACAAGCGGCAGAAGCGUGCUGAGGAGCUGAAGAGGCUCACUGACAAGUCUGCCUCCAUGUCUGAAGAGCAGCUAACGGAACUACGUGCAGACAUCAAGCACUUUGUAAGUGAGAGGAAGUAUGAUGAGGAUCUGGGAAAAGCUGUUAAAUUCACUUACGAACUGGAUCCUCUCAAAGCCAGCAUCAUGGCAUUUGGAUCAGUGUACCACCCUCAGACAGGAUACUCGAAUCGUUCUCGCUGUAGCUCCACUUCUUCAUCUGUCACUGGCUCUGCCCCUUUGGAAGGCCCACCUCUUCCUCAGGCUCAGGCUCCGCCUCAGCCUCAGGCCUCUGGUUACACAGGCCGCCCCAAUGUCCCUCACAAACAGGUGUUCCAGGGUAACCGGCGUAUAUUUCAGGGUUACCAAGGAGGCCAGCGCCAUAAUGGAAGUUCAUACUAUGACCGCAACCCCAACCAGACCAACUAUCGCUACCAUGGAGACCAGCGUCAUCACAGUGACCGUGGCCAUGGCGAUAGCCCCAACUCACAGUUCUCCAAUAGCACGAGAGGCCCCUCCCACCCUUCCACGUCAGCCUAUCGGCAGGAUCGACCCGCCCAUAAUGGGCUGCCGCAGAGGCAACCUAGGACCAACUGCCCCUGACACCUUCGGAAUGCUUCCCGCUCACCUCCGUUAUGUCUCUGUGAUCCCUGCCCUUUCCUUCCCGUUCCUACACAAAUCCUUUCCUCUCCCACCCUGCCCCUGUGAUCACACAGAUAUUCCAUAUGGAUGAAGAAUAGAACUGAAAGUUUACAUCUCCUUUUUCCGCUCAUUGGUCAAACUGAGCUGUAGUGCCACCUCCCCCUCCAUCUCCCAUGUUAACUCAUUCAUUCCUGCUUCAUUGCACUUUUCUGUUGUUGUUGUUGUUAUUGUAAUUAUUAUUAAAAAUUCUUUUUUUGCUUGUUUAGUUUUUUGGACAAAGCUCUUCUGUUGUCAUUCUCCUCCCUCUAACCCAUUCCAUCAGUUGUUGUGCAAUGAUCUUUGUUUCAUUUUUUUUGUUUGGGAGAGGCUUAUACUUAUUUCUGCUCAGUGACCUAAGAACUUCAUUAAGUGGGGGGGGGGGAAUCCUUUUAGUCUUAAUUUGUAAAAUGUUUAGUGCACUUUGUGUUUCUUUAAGCUUUCAUUCUGUAUUAUCCAUUUUCAUUUUGCAAUCCUCUUUCAUUUCUCUUUCUAUGGCUGAUAUAUGGUGUGUUAACUGUUUC